AUGCAUGUACGACGUACAAUUGAGAAUAACGAGGAAGCCGAAAUCAGACCAAGCAAAACAUAUCAAUCAUUUAUUGCAGCAGUAGGGGGUCAUCGUGAAUUAAGUUUUAUUGAAAAAAAUGUGAGAAAUUACAUCAUGAGAGAAGUACAGAAUAUUUCAAAACUUGAGGAUGCAAAAGAAUUUGAGAAAUACUUAUUAAGAAUGAAAGAGAAGAAUCCGAAUUUCUUUUUCGAGCAUGAACUUGAAGUUGAUCAAUCAAUUAAGAUUGCUUUUUGGGCCGAUGCAAGAAGCAGGGUUGCUUGUGAGUAUUUUGGAGAUGUUAUUUCAUUCAAUACCACUUACAAUACAAACAUGUAUAAUUUGGUUUUUGAUUCUUUUGUUGGGGUGAAUCACCACGGCCGAUCAACACUUCUGGGAUGUGCUUUGAUGAAAAACGAGGAUAUUCAAUCAUUCAAAUGA